AUGGCAUGCUCCCUCAAUGACUUGGUUAAUUCACAGAACCAGCUGAUCCAGGAGGCUGCAUUGACCCUGCCACAUGAAUUCUCGAAAUGCACGUAUAGUUUGGGGCCAAUUAAACAAGCUGUGCAUCUCUGCCUGACCUGCGCGGUUCCGCGUGGGAUAUGCUCCUCCUGCUCUAUAGCAUGCCACACGGACCACGAACAAGUGGAACUGUUCCCUAAGCGCGAUUUUCGCUGCGAUUGCCCUACUACCGCGAUUCCUCAUACAUGUACAUUCCACAAGUGCCUCAGAGAGGAGAACACGACCAACAAAUACGAUCAUAACUUCCGCGGCGUUUUUUGCAGGUGUUCCAGGCCCUAUGAUCCAAAAACAGAACUGGAGACGAUGAUUCAGUGCAUUUCAUGCGAGGAUUGGUUUCACGAGUCUUGUCUCAAUCUGAGGGAGCGUCCCCAUCCAGACGUUUUCCCCGACCCUGACCCUACAUCUGCAUCUCCUGAUGCUCAGGGUGACGACGACGACGACUCAGAUGCGUCUUCCAAUGGAUUGCCUCCCCCGUUGAUUUCUGCGGAGGACUAUGAUGUCUUUGUCUGCUAUGAAUGCGUGACCAAGAUUAAUACGCUCCGUCGAUACGCAGGCACAAAGGGCGUCAUUAUGGUGGUGCGCGAUGACGAGAGUGGUCCUUGGAAGGCAGUUGAUGGCGAUAUUUUAUUGGCCGCCUCGCGGAACCACACCAACAAUGACUUGCCGCCCGAAGUCGAUGAUUCGGAGUCACCGACUACUUUCAGGCAGCGUUUCUCAUCUCCACCGACACAAGGCGAGGAACGCGCAGCAAAACGACGAAAGAUAUCCAACGCUUCAGCUUCAUGCUGUCUGGCUCCAUCAGCUAGCUCGAUCGCCAAAGCUAUAUUUGAGCGCAAACCGCAGGGUUCAAGGGUAUCAGAGUCUCCUAUAGGCACUGGUGAUAUUUUUUUGACUGAGGGAUGGCGUCAGAGGUGGUGCCGGUGCGAUCAGUGCUUGCCAUCCUUCCAAGCACAUCCUUACCUGCUCGAAGAAGAAGAGAUGUAUGAACCCCCGGAAGACCCCGAUUCUGGGUUGUCGUUGGAAGAGCUGGGAAUGAGAGCCCUUGCACGUAUACCACGAGAUCGUGCCAUCGAUGGUAUACAUGCCUUUAAUGAUAUGCGGGACGAACUGAUGGAAUAUUUGCGACCCUUUGCUCAGGAAGGAAAGGUUGUGGAAGCUGUAGACGUUAACCACUUUUUCCAGAGACUUCUGGAGAGCCGGCAAACUCGAAAUUAG